GACAAGAAGCGUAUGAUUUUCUUUAGUUUUAGAAACGACGAUCCAAUGCUUCGUCGGCAUCCGACGCGCGUGGAAGAGCGCGCCGACGUGGCGGCCGAAUACGAGGCCUAUCUGAUCGAGAAGGAGAGCAAGAACAGCCCCCAGCAGCUGACCUCUGCUGUCCGCGUUGCAAGCGAGUCAAUGGUUACGAAACAAGAGACCCGGAGGCAGGAAGUCCGUGCCCGCAUCGGACUGGACAGCUCCAAUUAAAAAGCAAGUACAGCAUCGAGAUAAGCGAGGAGAGGAUGAGAGAAAAAGCCGCGACCCGAUCUAACUACGCAGAAUCCAUUGGAGUUAGCACCUGAAACAGCAACGCCUGAUUAUCCGUCAACACGAUGAUUGACCUUUGAGAACCAUGAACGAUAAACUCGCUUCAGAAUGGUCCCAGACUUGAGUUUGUGCGAAAACAAUAUUAUAAUCUUGCAUAUUCGCUUGGUACUGUACCUUGGUAUCCAUGCACACGACUUGAAUUUUAGAACGUAUUCAUUUUUCGGUUUUCAUAGAAGUUGUCUAAUUGACGUUGGACCUGUA